AUGACCUCCUCACUUCCCACAGAACGACAAGCCUGGCGUCGCACAGACGACCACAGCCCCGGUGCUCCCCGCCUCAAGUUAGUUACAGAGCCACUCCCUCAUCCUCUGGCGCCCACAUCAGUCCUGAUCCGCGUCCACGCUGUCUCGCUCAACUACCGCGACGCGAACAUCGCUAAUGGCGGCAACCCCUGGCCCGUGAUACCCAACGGCAUCAUCUGCAACGAUGCCGCCGGCGAAGUCAUCGGCCUGGGCCAGAACGUCCGGCGUUUCAAGGUCGGUGACCGUGUGGGACCGACCACCGAUACCGAAUAUCUGGCGCACCGCUCCACGGGCCGGUCAUGGCUGGCGGCAAAUGAGGAUGGCGUGCUUGCGACGCAUAUCGUGUAUGAUGAGGCGGUGCUGGGACGGUUGCCCACGUAUCUGCCAUGGGAGAGCGCGGCGUUGAUCCCGUGCGCCGGUGUGACGGCGUGGGCAGCGUUGAGAGGCAUGGGUAUCGGGAAGAGUGUGGUUAUCCAAGGUACUGGGGGCGUAAGCAGCUGGGCGCUGAAGCUAGCACGAGCGUCUGGCCUUAAAGUCAUCCUGACAUCAUCCAGCGAUGCCAAACUCGACAAGAUGAAGAAGUUGUUCGGUACGCCAGAAAUCCAGACGGUCAACUACUCCAAAACGCCAGACUGGCACGAGGAGGUGCUAAGACUCACGAAUGGAAUUGGUGUUGAUCUGGUGAUUGAGAAUGGAGGGGCGUCAUCGUUGGUGAAGAGCCUCAAGUGUACGCGGCGAGGUGGCAUUGUCAGCCAGGUCGGCUACUUGGGCAAGCAGCAGGCAACAGAUCUGCAGGAGCUCGUGCCGACUAUCAUCGACCGCCGAGUACUAUUGAGGGGAAUCAAUGCCGGCCCACCAGAAGAUAUGGAGGACCUAUGUGAAGCGUUGGAGGCAACUCAGAUGCGAUUCGACGACAUAAUAGACAAGGUCUACCAAUUUUCACAAGCUGAAGAGGCAGUACAGUCGCUAUGGGAUGGUAAGGUGGUGGGCAAGGUCGUGCUUCGAUUGUGA